AGCGUGGAGAGCGUGUGUAUUUAAUAUAACAGUUAAUAAUGUUAGGUUUUAUUUCAUUCAGCAGUAGAUGGAAGUGUCCCAAACCUAACAGCAAUGUGAGAAGCCUUAUUAAAAGGAAAUGGAGAGGAUUAAACCAGCAGCGGGGCUUGUCACUGCAGGGUGUAGGUGGCGUUGUUGCUCCUCCUGUAGACUGCAGUGUUACAGUAGAGCAGGCAGUGAGGAUGUGGACUCGAUGCUUUCAGCAGCACGGCAUCUCAGAACCACUCCUCUCCUCACAAUAUAUCAUAGCUCAUGUCCUCGGAAACAAAACUCUGGAGAGUGUGGAGAGAAGAAGGCUCCAGGAAAGACUGACUGACCAAGAGAGGGAAAACGUGUGGACGCUGUGUUUUAAACGUCUUACAAGAAUGCCGGUGCAGUAUGUUAUAGAGGAGUGGGAUUUUAGAGACCUGACUCUGAAGAUGAGACCUCCAGUGUUUAUUCCUCGUCCUGAAACAGAGGAGCUGGUUAGUUUGGUGUUGGAGGAUCUGCUGGUAGAGCAGGGGAAGAGAACAUUACGAUGCUUGGAGGUGGGCUGUGGAUCAGGUGCCAUAUCUCUAAGUCUCCUACACAGUAUGUCAGAGCUCAAGGCUAUUGCAUUAGACCAAAGCAAGGAUGCAGUGGGGCUCACAAAGGAAAAUGCAAGCAGAUUGGGGCUGCAGGACAGACUGGAAGUUCAUCAUUUAGAUAUUAUGAAGGAUGCUGAUUUGAUAGUUGGUGACUUCAGUCCUGUUGAUGUGCUUGUUAGCAACCCCCCUUAUCUGUUUCAUCAGGACAUGGAGUCUCUGCAAGCAGAAAUACUCAGGUUUGAAGACCACACGGCAUUGGACGGGGGCUUGGAUGGCAUGUCGGUGAUCAGACAAAUUCUAGCCCUGGCAACUAAACUCCUAAGAGAUAAAGGUCGUGUGUAUUUGGAGGUGGAUCCACGUCAUCCUCCACUUAUAAAGCAUCUGGUGGAAAAAAGCAGAACAGGAUUGAAGUAUCUACGAGCACACUAUGAUUUCACUAACAGGCUACGAUUUUGUAUUCUGCAGAAGGAAGAAUGAGGAGGCUCCAAGAGGCACUUUUUUGGGAGAUAGGGCGACACAGUGGCUAGGUGAGUAGCACUGUCGCCUCGCAGUAAGAAGGUCCUGGGUUCGAUUCCCAGGUGGAGCAGUCUGGCUCCUUUCUGUGUGGAGUUUGCAUGUUCUCCCCGUGUCUGCGUGGGUUUCCUUCUGGAGCUCCGGUUUCCUCCCACAGUCCAAAGACAUGCAAGUGAGGUAAAUUGGAGAUACAAAAUACUGUACUAUGAUACAGUGUUUGACAUUAAAAACUUGAACUGAUGAAUCUUGUGUAACCAGUAACUGCCUGUACUGUCAUAAAUGUAACCAAAUAGUGUCAAUCAUGAUGAUAAAAUCUUAAUUAAUAAAAAAAAUCU